CAUCGCGGUGACUAGACUUUAAAAUACUUUUCGAUAUCCUCAAAGACUAGUAUACCAAUACUUUUUUAACGGUUUUAUUUUGAUUGCAAAGGCUAACAAGGAUAUUCAAAAUUCAGUUAAGAGUUCAGUCAGUAAGCUUGUGGAAUUCUGUGGUAUCGGACGUGUUUACUUAAGCUUAACAAAGUACACCUUCGGGGAUUUAUGCUCUCGAUAAAAAAUUGUUGUUUUUGGUUCUUUUUUUUUUUAUUUGUUGAAGUUGUUUUUGCAGAUCAAAACUGUUGAUUUUUAAAGGGGAUAUCCUGUGUGAGGAUACUCAACCGGAAGUGCAAUUUAAAUGAAUGCCUCCCACUAAAAGAGGUUGGCCUCUGUGUGUUUACGUGUGUAAAUGAUGAAAUAUAUAUUGUGCUAAAUUGCCAUUAAGGAAUACAACAACAAAAAAAAGGAAAUGUUAAAAAGUGUUUAUGUGUGUUUUUAUUAAAACAAAAAAAAUUACAAAAAAAAAAAAUAUCAAAUAAAAAAAUAUAAAGACCCCAAGGGCAUAAGGAUAUUUAGCGAAGACAGGAAAUAAAUGUUUCAUCGAUAAUGACGAUGGCGAUAUUAAUAGCAAGUCAUGGCUAUUAAUAAUACACAGUCACAAUUCUUGCUUUCUUGUCAUUGUCCUGUGUGUCCACUCUACACCGUGCUCUAUUCACCGCAAAUAUGCAAUUCCAAAUGAAAUUUAUAUUUCCUGUCAUUGUCGACUUCAUCGUUGUCGUCCCACAACCCACACAGCCCACAACACUCAAACCCAACCAGAAGCAAUAGAACGUAGUUUUUUUUUGUUUUUGUUUUUGAGUAGGGACCACCACAAGGAUAUCCUGCGUUCUGGCCAAGUAGUUGGAGUCAACAGCCCACAAUGGGACGCCAAUAGCACAGACAAACAAAAAACGAUACAGUUUCACAAGAGAGCACUUUUGUGUGGUGUGCAAUUGUCUUAUAUUCUUGACGCAGGAUAAUAUGCAACACCCAAAGGGACAACAAAAGAACGGACAAAUCAUGCAAUGAUGGCUAAGGAGGAUUCGAUUCCAACUGUUUUCUUGGAUCUAUAAAAUGUGUGUGCAGUCCUGCAAUGCAGUGUGUCAUGUGUGUGUUGAAUUCUAUAUAUAAAGUAUAGUGUGCUUUUAGGCGACACACCCUAUGGCAUCAAUUAAAAGGUUGAAAGUUUUCAAUUAGUGGCAAGGGAUCAAGUGAAUUGAAAUAAGGAUAUAUUUUUGUUGUUAAAGCACAAAAAGGUUCUUCUUAGUGGGUGGGACCUGUGGAAGGAAACACAAGGACAACGACGAAGAUAAUUUAUAAUAAGAAAACCAAACAAAGGACUUAACCACAAUGAGCGAUGAUGAAGAUGAAGAAACGUCUUGCCUUCGAUCGUAUCACCAACGAACCAUGGACAGAUUGGUUUCCGAUGAAUCGAAUAUCCGGGGCGUAAGUCAAUCACCAUUGAAUCAACUGAACGCAGCAGCAGCAGCAGCAGAUUAUCAUCAAAGAAAGGAUUCAUUGACAAGAACGACGACAACGACACUGAAUCGGAGAUUAUCCAAAGGAUGCAAUAUUCUAUCAAGAAAUAGUGGUGAUAAUGGCAAUGCAACAACAACAACAACAAUUGGCAAAGGUGACAACAACAACGACGACGAAGAAGAAGAAGACGACGAAGACAUUGAAUGCGGUUUUACCAACAUGGCGACAACAAUUGACUUUGACGAUCUAACUGACAGUGGAUUUGGCAGAGCUGAGGAUAUAUCACCAUCGGAAAUUGCCAAAUUGCCCCGACUGCCUGGCGACGGUGCUCAAAUGGAGGACGUCAAUCAUGUCACUUCUCCGGCUCAAGAGUCUUCCAGCGCAAAUAAAAGCCUGCCAAUGGACAGUCUAUAUCCUUGUGCCAAUGGCCGUAAAAAUAACUGCAAAUCCCCACAACGAGUACAAUCAGUUCGUAUCGUCGAAAGCAGUUCCCAACUAACAAAAGCCGCACGAAGACGCACCCAAAGUUGUGGCAUUUUCGAAGAAGACUCUACCGAUGUCUAUCGAAAAAUUGGUGACUCGACAUAUUCCUAUAAUCAUGACUCCUGUGAAACUGGAAUUAAACCACAACCACGUCCAUUCAACAAUGAAAUCUAUUCGGCCUUUAAAAGUGCUAACGUGGUCAAAGGUAUACUCUGCCCAUCACUGACGAAUUCAUUCAAAAAUAGCUCCCUGGAGCGAUCUUACCUUUUAUAUACCCACCGACAGCGACAAAAGUCCUUAAUCAUUGUCAAUAUUGUAGACUUUGUCCUUAAAGCUGUUCUGGCCGUUAUCUGGCUGUAUAAAGAGGCUGAAACAAAAAACGAACAAGUGAGUUCUGAUGCUGCAGCAGCAGACGGUGUCCGUUGGGAGUUUCUCAUUUAUUCUUCAUCACAGAUUAGUAAUGUCGAGAUGGCAAUCACUUGGUCAGCUUGCUGCAUGGUUGCCAAUCUGGGUAUAUGUUUCUUGGGUUAUUGGAGAUGCUUUGCCAAUAAUUACCUUCAUUGGGCAGCGGUUUGCACGUGGCUUUUGUUCAAUAUUCAAGGUUUCCUUGGUCAAGGAUUGGGUUUCACUGACCGCGAGUAUCUAGUUUGGUACCUACUAUUUGUGAUAUUUGUUCCGUAUGCAAUGUUACCAUUGCCACUUAAAUGGUGUGUAGUUAGUGGAACUAUAUCAGCUAGCUGCCAUUUAGCUGUAAUAACUAUAAUCAAAUUCCAAAAAAAUACUUUUACAACGUGUGUCCUAUAUCAAUUAAUCGCCAACUUUAUCCUUUAUACGGCCAUCAAUGUUGCCGGCAUGUACACCAAGUACUUGACAGAUCGAGGACAGCGAUUGGCCUUCAUUGAAACGCACAAGGCAAUGGAGCAUAAAAAGGAAUCAGAGCGGGAAUUGCAAAGGACACAAAAACUAUUGGACUCAAUCCUUCCGAUGGUUGUAAAUAAUGAAAUUCGCCAAGAAAUGUACAAAGGCACGGAUCCGAACGUGGAAACGCAGUUUAACAAAUUGUACGUGUAUCCAAUGGAUAAUGUAAGCAUCCUGUUCGCGGAUAUUAAGGGAUUUACGGAGCUGGCAAGUAAAACUUCAGCACAACAGCUGGUGAAAAUACUAAAUGACUUGUUUGCACGUUUCGAUAGAAUCGCUGAGGAUAAUCAUUGUCUGAGGAUAAAAUUAUUGGGCGACUGUUACUAUUGUGUGUCAAUGUUUGAAAGUGAUAAUUGGAAAACGAGACCAGAUCAUGCAGUUUGUAGUGUUGAAACUGGAUUGCAUAUGAUUAAGGCGAUCAAGGAUGUUAGACUGCAUACGCAUGUCGAUUUGGAUAUGCGAAUCGGCAUACAUAGUGGCUCGGUGAUGUGUGGUGUUCUAGGCAAUAAAAAAUGGCAUUUUGACGUAUGGUCCAAUGAUGUUAUCAUUGCCAAUCAUAUGGAAUCUGGUGGAAUACCUGGUCGAGUGCAUAUAUCGGAAGCCACAUUGAAAUGCUUGAAUGAUACAUACGAAGUUGAACCUGGAGAUGGUGGAAGCAGAGAUAACCACUUAAAACACCUGAACGUCAACACAUAUCUAAUAAAGAGGACUGAACCAUUGAGACCACGUCGUCGUUUUGGCAAUCGACGCUCAAGUAACCCAACAAAGCCAACUCCUUCAAUUGAACAACCUCUAGCAAAUAAUAAUUCGCUUGAAAUUGAUAAAGUAAUCGAAGCGAAUGGUGACACUCCUCGCAUUGUGGUUGCAAAUGGCAAAACUCCAAUAGCUACAAUAGCCACCAACGAUAUACGAAUAAUCGAUAAAGUCAACAAUGUUAAACAAGAUGCACAACAACAUGAUAAAAUUGAUCCAAAGAAUGUUAUAACAGAAGACGAACCAACCACAGAGUGGACACCGGAAAUCCCGUUCAAAAAUCUAAACGAACCACAAGAAGCACUUAAUCGUACCGAUUCCGUUUUGUGUGAUGUAAAACAGGAUCAUCGUGCGUCCAUAACUGCAAUGGCUGAAGAGAUUGACGAUUUCAUCGAUCAAAAUAUUCAAAUCAACUCGAAUAAAGAAAUUCGCCGAGAAUAUCUAAAUGGAUGGACAUUGAAAUUUAAAGAAAAAACUCAAGAAGCUAAAUUUUGUCAAUUACGUGAGGAUAUGUUCAGGUCGAAUAUGCUGUGUGUUUUUGUGAUAUGGAUAUUCAUUGUUCUAUGUCAAACAAUUGUGAUACCAAAAUGCACAAAGUUAAUUAUUUGCUUGGCAGUUGGCACUUUAGUCCUUACGGCUGGCUGUAUCCUUGUAAUGGCUGAAGAAUUUGCAGGAUUUCCAAACGUUCUAAAACGAAACUCAGCAAAACUAGUCCACCAGCGACAACGACGAACAAUUUUCAUCUGCCUAAUCAUUAUAAUCAUGUCCGUACUAAGUUCUGUUGGUCUAGUCCUCUGUCCAACAUCAACAUUUUUCGACAUUGACGGACAAUAUUUAGUUCUAGAAAAACCAAGAAACGCCAACCCCAACAAUAAUGACGUUAAGGUGAAUGUCUACCUCUCAGCAACAAUUUAUCAUAACAUCACCAUAAACAAUCUUCAACAGCAGCCAUCAGUAAAUUAUGCUCUAGUUGAUACUGUCAUUACUGACAACAACUAUACAGCGAAUUAUACCACAAAUUCCAUCACAACAAGUCGCAAACUUUUGGCUGCCUCAAUGCCAAGUAAUAUUGUCCAACAAUCUAUAGUUGAUGCUGCUAUAAAUAUCUCAAAAUCAAUUCCAUCAUCAUUGAAUCUCUUGGAAACAAAUCCACCACCACCACCACACCAACAAAAUUUUGAAUCUUCAAAGCGUGCCAUUGUCUUACAAACAACAACUACUACAGCGCCCCCUACAUCGUUGAAUGACAGUAACAAACCCUCAGUUGAACCAGUGCCAACGGAUGAUUAUCCUGAUUGUGUACAUCCUGAGUAUAUUGUCUUCACCUGGAUACUCUGUUUGAUCGCCUUGGCUACUGCUCUUAAACUCUAUUACCUGGUAAAAACAAUGAUGGCAGCUGUCAUGGUCGCGUGCUACACGAUACUUAUUAUGGCCGUCUUUCCCGAUAUAUUCUCCACCGAUAACGAGGUAAUGGUGCAAUCGAAUGCAGGGAUGCCCCUUUCAGGGCAAAUGCUAAUUCUUUUGGCCGUGUUCCUGGUAAUGGUGACAUAUCAUGCACGUUUGGUUGAGGUUACAUCCCGACUGGAUUUCAUUUGGAAGGAGCAAGCGGAAAAGGAACUCACUAAUAUGAAAUCGAACAGGUUUCUCAAUGACACGUUGAUAAAGAAUAUCCUACCAGAUCACGUGGCUGCUUAUUACUUGUCUGAUGAACGAACCGACGAACUCUACUCGAAUAUGCACAGUUUGUGUGGCGUAAUGUUUGCGUCAAUACCGAAUUUCCAGGAUUUUUAUUCGGAGGAUAUUGAUAAUGGCAAAGCAUGCAUACGUAUAUUGAACGAGAUUAUAUGUGAUUUUGAUGCUCUUCUCGAAGAAGAACGAUUUGCAUCAAUUGAAAAAAUAAAAACAGUUGGUGCAACUUAUAUGGCUGCUUCAGGGCUAAAUUCAAAACAUCUUCUUGAACGUGGUGAAACAUCGGAAGAUAGUGUCUGUGAUCUUGUGGAAUUUGCAAUGGCAAUGAAACAAAAACUUGAAGAAAUUAAUAAAGAGGCUUUUAAUAAUUUUCAAUUGAGAGUUGGAAUAUCAAGUGGUCCACUUGUUAGUGGAGUUAUUGGUGCUCGAAAACCUGUCUACGAUAUAUGGGGUAAUACAGUGAAUGUUGCAUCACGUAUGGACUCAACAGGUGUUAUAUGGAAGAUUCAAGUUCCUUCAACGACGGCAGAUCUUAUCAAAACUAAAGGAUACACUUGUGUGCUUCGUGGAGAGAUCAAUGUAAAAGGCAAGGGAAUCAUGACAACCUAUUUUGUCCAUCCUAAAGGCGCAUCGACUAGUCAAUUAUCUUCACCAGUACGUCUGCCACCUGGUGUGCCACAAACGGCUCAACCACCAUCCCUCCAAAGGCAAACAUCAUAUCAUGGAACCUUUAGUGCUGUAGUCUUUGAGAUGUUACAAGCUUCUAAAAGGAAUACCAUUGCCGGAACUCCGACAGGUACACCAUCACCACAAAUACGAAGAGGACGUAGAGGAAGUACGUUCAGUUCGGUGAGGCUAUCACAAAAAACCCCAGCAAAUCCAGUUCGAAGGAAUACAACGAGAGUUAGAGGAAGAAGUUAUCAUCAAAAGAAGAGCUCAUCAAAUAAUUCAAUAGUAAAUCAGUGUGGCAGCACUUUUAUACCAACAUUCAGAAAAAUCGAUCAAGCCGAGAUCAAUGAUGUUCAAAAUUCAGCUUUAUAAACUUCAUAAUUUUAUGUCUCGAUCUCCCUUUCUCUCUCUUUCUUUUUAUCUUUGUAUGAACAAGCACAAAACAAUUACAUGUAAAUAUGCACAUUUAAAAUAAGAAUAAAAUAUAUAUACCUAAAUUGUAUUUAUUUAACAUUAAGUUUAUAAGAUUUUUAUUGAUAAAUUAAAACUAAAAUUAAAAAAUGUAAAUUGUCCAAACAGAAAGUUAAUGAUUUUUAAACUUAAGAUUUUUUUUU